AUGGUGUUGGUGUUGGGAGGCAAGAAGAAGGGAGGUCACAAAACAAACACUGGUUUAAUUGUUAUUUCAGAGAAAUAUCCAACCCAAACAGGCAGCAGACACCGGGUGCGCACUCCAACGUUGUCGAACUCUCUGGAACUUUGGAAUGUCACAACUGCCAUAACAUAUCAGGUCCUAGGCAGCACAUCUCCCGGACACACUCCAUCUACAGAAUUCGACACCUUUCAGUUACAAAGAUAUGCUACACAGCAACUGAAAGCACUAAACGAUUUAAAUUUCAACACAACGAAGAAGUGCCGUGGUUACAUUGGAAACCAACAGAAGUAUAUUUGCACGUGA